UUGCGUUCGGGACCCUUUUUGGUCCGCCGGAGCCGCGAUAUGCUGCUGUCGGCGCUGCUGCUGGGCCUGCUGGGCGUCCUGCUGGCCACGGAGCCGACCGGACCGGCCACUGCCGCCGGCGGCCACCAGCAGGCCACUGCCGAGUUCGCCCAGACGGUGACCCUGGUUGUCAGCGACCUACCCCGGGCGUCCCGGGCCGAGGUCACCGGAGGGGCCGCGGCGCUGCAGGCGGGCGCCUUCGGCACAGCCGUGGACCCCCAGGAGCCCCAGUCCCGAAUCAUACCCGUGUUCUCGUCGUUCGGUGAUGUGCUGAGAGGCGGCGCUGGCCGGCCGAGGCCCGUUCCCAGCGCUCCGACCCUGAUCGGGUCCACCCCGCCGCCGGCGCCGGCCGCGGCCAGCGCUGUCUCGUCGCUGCAGCCCAGUCUGACGAGCCAGCCCCAGUCGUCCGCGGCCACCGCGACUCCCGGCGUGCUCUCUGUCCUGCCACCGAACCUGCUGUCGGCGCUGGCGGCUGCUGCGCCGUCCAGGCCGCCGUCCAGGCCGCCGUCGGUCACCUCUGCGCAGCCCAGGCCCAGCGCCGUGCUGCCGUCCACAGAGGACACACAGACAGCCACCGGCACCGGGGGCCUCUUCUCCGGCGGACUGAUCAACCUGAAACCCUUCACCGAACCAAACGAAGUAGUAGGUGGAACGCGCAACGUAUUAACAAGUUUCUUGGACAAAGUGAAGGAACUCAAGAAAAACAUGAAAAUAAAGCUGAAUAAAUUCAAGCCUAGCAAGCCAACAGGGCCACCCCCUACCACUGAGCCCCCACCGCCGCCGCCACCACCUAUAACUCAGCCUCCGCCCCCACCCCCGCCCGUAACUGAGCCGCCACCGCCCGUAACUGAGCCUCCCCCGCCCGUUACCUAUCCCCCGCCCCCGCCCGUCACAGAGCCCCCUCCCCCGCCCGUAACUGAGCCGCCCCCGCCCGUAACUGAGCCUCCACCAUCCCCGCCCCUAACCUAUCCUCCGCCCCCGCCCGUCACAGAGCCCCCUCCUCCGCCCCUAACUGAGCCGCCCCAGCCCGUUACGGAACCGCCCCCGCCCCCGCCCGUUACCUAUCCUCCGCCCCCGCCCGUCACUGAGCCUCCUCCGCCGCCCGUCACCUACCCUCCGCCCCCGCCCGUCACUGAGCCCCCUCCCCCGCCCGUUACCGAACCUCCCCCGCCCCCGCCCGUCACCUAUCCUCCGCCCCCGCCCCCGCCCGUUACCGAACCUCCCCCGCCCGUAACCUAUCCCCCGCCCCCGCCCGUCACUGAGCCCCCGCCCCCACCGCCCCCGCCCGUCACAGAGCCCCCUCCGCCGCCCGUCACUGAGCCCCCACCUCCCCCGCCGCCUCCCGUCACCUAUCCCCCGCCGCCGCCGCCCCCUCCAGUCACUGAGCCCCCACCUCCCCCUCCGCCUCCCGUCACUGAGCCCCCGCCUCCACCGCCGCCGCCCGUCACCUAUCCCCCGCCGCCGCCGCCGCCGCCGCCCGUCACUGAGCGCCCACCCCCGCCGCCGGACCACCGGUGUGCGGCCGUGCUGGUGACGGUGACGUCCACGCGCUUCUCGGCGGCCACGUUCACCGAGCAGCUGCAGUCGCUGCACCGGCCCGAGAGCACCCUGUACGUCACCGAGAGCCGGCUGACUCUCUCCCCGACCACGGUCCGGCACACGGCCACCCGCCACCGGCUGGGCACGCUCUACCGCGCCCUGGAGGUGUGCUCCGUCACGGCGCACUCUGUGCGCGCGCACACACUGCUGCAGAGCCGCUACCGCACGGUGACGGAGCACCUGUCCGUCACCGACACGGUGCACAACUCAGUGACGGAGACGGUGACGCUGGCGCGGCCCACCACCGUCACCGUGCUGCGGACGGUGCAGCGCGCCGCGCCCGCGGCCGCGGUCACCAGCUACACCACCGUGACGCGGCGCACCACGCUGACGCGCACCGAGGCCAGCACCAGCACGGCGCGCGCCACCAGCACGGCCGUGGCCACGGCGCGGCGUACCGAGCGCGUCACGGUCACGGUGGACGUGACCAGCACGGCGCCGGCGGCCACCACCACCAGGACGCUCAUCUACUGUCCGGACGGGCCGGGCGGCGGGGACCGCUACUGAACUCGGACCGGCCCGGCGCCGAGCCCCGGUACUGAACUCGGCACCGGCCCGCUACUGAACACGGCACCGAGUCCCGCCACUGAACUCGGACCGGCGGCGGCCGCAGGCCAGGACGGACUGCCGCACGCGACCGACCCGCUGGCACCGGCGACCGACGUCCGGGCCGGACUGUGGGGAAGGCGGAAGGUGCUUUGUCGUCAAUACAUGAUAAUUUAUAUUCA